GUUAUCAAAUAUUUAAAGGUGGAUCUGCUUUGAACGCAUGAGCUUGUCACUGCCUCAUAUUCAUCCACUUUCUGAUUUCCUCAACAAUACAUUUACAAGUCGUCAGAAAUUUCUCCGAAAGCCGUGAGACAAACACAAUGAGUUCAACCGAAGGGAAACAUCUCAAAGCUGAACUGCACAAGCUUGAAUGUCAUUUCACGUGGGAGCUGAAUAAAGAAGACCUUGAUCUGACUGAUCUUUUAAAUAGACUGGAACAGCACGUUGACUUUAACCUUGGUGGUAAGGUGGGACUUGCGCAGACGUACAAUUCUUUGGGAUACGUGAAGUACCAUCUAGGGUCUCCACAAGAUGCACUUGUUUUCCUGCAGAAGUGUGUAGAGGUCACUAGAGAGUACCGGGAGAAGGACUGUGACAAGUGGCUCAUAGUGCCCUAUGGGAAUCUGGCCUGGCUGCAGUACCACAUGAAAUGCUUUAGUGAAUGUGAGAGUUACCUAGAGAAGAUCAGAGGCAUUGCGCAGAAAUUCCCUGAUUCUGCUUUAGGUCUUCAUCACGAAGUGAUUGGAGAAAAGGCUUGGGCCUUGUUCAAGUUCUCACGCAAGUACUAUAACCAGGCUAAAGAGUGCUUUGAGAAGGCUUUGGAGCAAGACCCCAUGGAUCCUCAAUGGAAUUGUGGUUAUGCUUUUGUACUAAACAGAAUAGAAAGCCGGCACUCCAGUGCACCAGACUCGCCAACAAUUAAACAACUCCGACAGGCAGUGUACACCAAUCCAGAUAAUGAUGAGCUUAAAGCUAUUCUAGCAUUAAGGCUUGCUCAGUCCAAAGAAUAUGAUGAAGGGGAGGGACUGAUGGAAGAAGCUUUGGAGGGUUCUCCUAAUGCUCCCAAUGUCAUUCGAUAUGUGGGUAAAUUUUUGCGGGCCUUUGGCUCUGUGGAUAGGUCCAUCGCCCUGCUAAAAAGAGCUUUAGAGAAGUCACCUACAUCAGCUUUCAUACACCAUCAGCUAGGCCUCUGCUACAAGAGCAAAACAACCGAUUUAAAAUGUAAAGGGAGUGCUGGUACUGAGAUUCAGAGGCUUCGAAGUCAGUGCAUUUAUCAUUUAGACAAGGCCACUGAACUGAAGCCUGGCUUUGUUAUAGCUAUGACUGAGCUGGCAGUUCAGUACAGUGAAGAUGGGAAGCUUGAUCGUGCAGAUGAACUGUUUCAGCAAACCUUGCAGAUUGCUAAAGAAAAAAAUGAGGGCUUACAACAACUGUAUCUCCAUUAUGCAGAGUUUCAGCAGUACAGAAGAAGAUCACUACCCACAGCCAUCACUUAUUAUAUGGAAUGUCUGACGAUAGAUGAGGACACAACAGAUGGGAAAAAAAGUGCAAAACAUCUGAGCAAGAUUAAUGAAAGACAAUCAUCUAAAAGCCCUGGGAGCGGAAGACACCAGAGAAUCUCUCUUAGGAAAGAGGCAAAAAAUGCAGGGCCUUAAAGCACUGAGAAAAUUUUGUAGUAUUCUGUGUAUGCCGAUAAAAGUGUAACUUCUCUCAUCAUUUAGUGAUCAUUCACUUUGCCUAAGUAAAACAGAGUAUAACAGGGAAAAAUAGCAAAAUAAUAAUAAUAAUAAUAAUA